CCUUCCACUGUCAAUUUUGCGAUGUUUUGAAAAGUGUACGUUGAAAUAGAACUAAAGAUAUAUUUGAUUUGAACUGCUAGUAAAAGUUGAGUUUUUAUUAAAAUGGUGUGUAUUGAAGAGGAACCGUGGUAUCUCAGUUUAUGCGAAGAACUGGAUGCAUUCUGCAAGCAAGUAGAUGAUAAAGUAGAUAAAGAACAGCAACAGUUAAAGGCGUGUGAGAAAAGAAAUGAACUGGAAUCCAAACUGCAGCAAGAAUGUAAGCUGAAUGCAGAGCUGACGGAGCAACUGGCUAAAUUGAAUCGCAGAGGGGACGACUUGGAUAAGGCGUGCGCUAAGUUCUCAAAACUCAGCAUCACUGAAAAUGAUCAGCAGAGACUCGACAAUACCAAAGAAGCUUUCGAGCUGGCCAAAGAGCUCACUGGCAUACGAUUCGACUUCAGUGCACCACCCGACAAAAUGAAGGGUUAUAUCAAGAACGAGGCUCGUAGGUUAUUGCUGCCAUUCGACAUGGACGUGAACACAGAAGCCCUGUGGGACCUCAUGAAGACAGCCUGCGACCCCACGUGGCCGGAUAAGGAAAAUCAUAAUCCCAAUUAAAAUAUUUAGUUUAAAAUAUUUAGUUUAAAGUAUGUUUUUUCAAUUCAAUAACUCUUACGUUUUUUUCUAUGUUCCAUAUGCCAUCAUCAUGAUAUCAAUCCCACUUCUUCGGAAGGCAGAUUGUACCGAAAAGAAGCCGGCAAGAAACUCAGCAGUUGC